AUGAGGAGUGCUACCAUUUACCAGGUGGAAGUGUUCAUUCUGUGCAAUGCGUUGUUAAACUGGUGGAGAAGGAGCAAGUUCAGAGGAAAACGUCUAACAGGAAAACUGCCCGCGUGGAGCCCAGUUUCCCCGUUUGGCUGCAGUGCCCAGUGGAUUACUUGUUUAGAUUGGUGCAGUCCUCGGAGCCGCGCGGCCCCUCAGGGUGGCAGCUGCCACGGAGCGAAGAACCCAGGGGCGCGCACAGAUAUAACUAAAGGCGGCGUCUGCAGAUUGCUAGAGAGCACGUCUGCCCCCCAGCCGUCCGCACAGAGCCGGCGUUCCGGUUCCCGGCCGGCCGCGUCCGGGCUGCGGCGCGUGUCCCCGCGUCCCGAGUCCCCGGCGCGGGGACGGCCGCGGCUCUGGCGCAGACGCGCAGACGCGCGGGCGGGUGGCCCUUUAAAGGCCCCGCCGCCAUCCGGGGACAUCUCUGCGGCGCCGCGCGGGUGGGGCUCGGGCUCGACGUCAGCGCCGCCGCGGCCAGACCCCGCCGCCCCUCACCUGCGCGCGGGCGCCAUUGGCUCCGCCGAACCCGGCCGGCCAGCACGCUGCGGUACCCGGAGCGCGGACCCGAGCGGAGCCUGCGGUCCCCGGUGCCUGCGGACCCGAGCGGAGCCUGCGGUCCCCGGUGCCUGCGGUCCCCGGAGCGCGCGGACCCGAGCGGUGCCUGUGGUCCCCGGAGCGCGCGGACCCGAGCGGUGCCUGCGGUCCCCGGAGCGAGCGGACCGAGCGUAGCCUGCGGCCCCCGGAGCGCGCGGACCGGAGC